AUGCCUUCGCAGCAACAUCCAAGAGCACAAUUUGUGCCUCUUUCACCUAACAUCGAUCUCGACGCCCUGGUGAAUGAUAAUCCAAGCUUCGAUCAUGUUCGCAGACUCCCUCAGGCCGAUUUGGAAGCACACACUGUACAGAGUCUGGAGCAAUUAGUAGAAAUGUGCGCAAGUUUGGGACACAAUCUUAUGGUUGAAACUUCGGGUGGUAAUGAUGGAGAAAUCCCUGGGAGCUCAAUCUGGUUCAUGACCGAAUCUAAAGAAAGAGAAAUGGUAUCGGAAUGGUUCAUCUCUAAACUUGGUCAUGAUAUAGAAGUCGAGAAACAUUUUGCACAACUGAAUGCCUGGAGAAAAGCCCCAUUUAAUGUUUGGGUGACGGAGCAAAGGGUCGGAGACCUUAUUUUGAUUCCACCUCUUGCUCCCCACCAGGUUUGGAAUCGCGGAACACGAACGAUGAAAGCUGCAUGGAAUCGAACAACCGUCGAUACACUUGAGCUUGCCAUUCACGAGGCACUUCCACGUGCUCGCCUUGUUUGUCGAGAUGAGCAAUACAAGAACAAGGCCAUCAUUUACUAUACCCUAGAUAAGUACUAUCGCUUACUUUCACGAGAUACAGUUGAACCAAAAAUGUGGAUGAGACCUGGAAGUCGAAUACGGCAGGUCAUGGAAGAUUUCAAACGCCUAUUCAAACUCUAUACAGAAGUGCUAAUCAGUGAGCUAUUCUCUCGCUCGCGCCCCGAAAGGAACGUAGAAUACCUACCAUACGACUCGAACGUUACUUGCUCAUACUGUAGAUGCAAUAUCUUCAACCGCUUCUUGACAUGCAAAUCAUGUAUCCUGACCGCUGAUACUGGAGAGGAGGAAGAUACGUACGACGUUUGCAUGGAGUGUUACGCCAUGGGUCGCUCCUGUGCUUGCAUUUCUUGUUUGGAGUGGGUAGAGCAAUGGAAAGAAGCUGAACUCAGAGAGAACUAUGAAUUAUGGCGUAAAGUGGUAUUAAGCUUCGAAGAUCCUCAUGAAAAUUCACCUAAAUCGUUGGAAGAAGAGAGAGACAAAACAGGCAAAAAAAGUGUUGCUCAGAUAUGUCAAGAACAACUUGCCAUCCGACCAUGGAAAGAUAUCACCAAGCCAGAUGUAAUUGAACCAUUAGACGGCGAAUCAGACGUUGAGCCAGAAGUUGAUGAUGAAGGGCGUUUGAAGAAACCGUACAGAAAGCCCUCUAGAAGAGGUAGAAUCCAGGCCACGAAAAACAAGACAAGCAGUUGCCAUAUCUGCUGCCAUCACCACUGGAAUUGGCAAUCAGCGCGCUGCUCUACCUGCUCCUCAUCCUAUUGCUAUGGAACCUUGUGGAGAGCGUUUGACUUGAUGCCUCAAACGGUAAUGGAGAUGGAAAACUGGGAAUGUCCAAAAUGUCUGAAGAUGUGCUCAUGCGCACGAUGUCGAAGAGAUUCGAAGCAAACACCAUACACUCCCAAAGGAACACUUCUUGGACACGAUACCAAGAAGGUAGCCGAUUACAGGAGCAUUGAGAGUCUAGUUGACUUUGCGAAAACAAAUCUUCCCUGGUUGAGACACGAAGAUGAAAAUCAACCAGAUCCUCAAGAAACGGGAAGAAUGCGGAGAUUGAGAGAAAAGGCUGAGAGGGACAAAGCACAAGAGCCUACUAUUGACAAUAGUUAUCUUGGAUUUGGGGAGGAGGCUUUCUUUCGUGCGGACGACCCAGAGGAUAACCAUUUUAACACCAUGGCAGAUAUUGAUCCUUCACUUCGUGAUGACACAAAUCAAUCACCUCACACUCAGACUAAUGGAUUUCAUUCAGCUUGGGAUCAGACUCAGGAGGCUCCUGAAUAUAGUAUUGAGGAGCAGCUUCAUCAGCAAUUAGGAGCUCUUGACGCACACCAUGAUCUAGACGAUAAUUAUCAUGCAGAAAUGCAUGAUCCUAGUGAAUCAGCGCAAUGUCCAUCAAGACUUUUAGCAACAGUAGCACCUAUGGUUUCAACAGAAGCAGCGCCACCCAAACCUCAAACACCUGAACCAGCUAGCAUGAUGGGUGAAGAUUACUACCCGACAGAAAUUGGCAUAGACGGCAUCCUCUACGAUUCUCCAAAAUCUGACUCGGAGCCAAAUGAAAUGGUAACCGUGAAUCCUGCAGAUCUUUUAGCUUCACUUGAUCAGUUCCGCAAUGUAGCAAAAAAGAGAAAACGACUCAAUUCCGAAGGCAUUCCAGAGGAUGAUGACGAGGAUGUGGAAUUCUUCACUUCCAAGCGUCAAAGGAAAGUUAAACCUAGGAAUACAAUCGUUACAGACAUAAAACAAGAGAGUAUUUCUCGAUCUGCGCAUCGUCCGUCGCGCGUUAAUAAACGCCAAGAUUACACCGAGCCUUCAUUAGCAGAUGUAGAGAAUUUGUUAAGUUCGGAAGAAGAGUCAGAACCACAUUCGACCUCGCGACAGAGCUUAGCGCGCACAGUUGGUCAGGAAAAUGAUGAUGUCGAUCUCGCCGCAAAGGCUUUUGGUUAUAUAAUUAAAGGUCAGACAACAAACAGUGCUGGCAGUACACCCGCAUCUAAUGGUAAGAAAAAGCGUGGUCGCCCGAGCACAGCAUCUAAAAUAGCUGCGUCAUCUGGCCCGUCAAAGCAAUCUGCGUCGGUUAAAGCUUCUCGGAAGUCUACUUGGCUUUCAAGAAACGAAGGCGCAAAUGAUGAGGAAGAGUAUCCUUCUGAGUUACCAGCAACGAGAACCAGAAGCUCGCGUCAUAGUGCGCCAUUUGAAAGGAAGUCGAGGACUACUCGGCAAGCUGUCACUGGUGCUUCAGGCGAUGGAAGUGGAGCCGAAGCAGAGAGUGAUGAUCCUUUUGAGGACCGACCUAGGAAGACACGGAGAACCCGCCAAAGCACAGUGCAAAGAGAGCCACAAUCACGCAUUAAUAUGUCAGACAACGGAUCCGAGGAAGCUACUAACGACUAUGGCCGUGAGAUCAGUGAUGGUAGUCUCUUCGGUAAUGAUGCGGAUAAUGUCGUCAGUCCAGUUAGCCCGGAGAUGUCUGAAGAUGAAGAUCAGAAAAUUGAUAAUGGUGCCGAAGAUCCUGAUAAUAAGGGCACAGCAGCAAAAACCCGCAAAGCACCAUUGGCAGAAUCCUCUAUCCAUACAUCUAUUGAGGGACCAGUGAUUGCCAAGAAGCGAAGAGGGCGACCACCAAAGAAAGCACCAAAUACACGAAUUCCUUCACGCCCUGCUCAAACAAUGCCCAAGUUACGAUCUCCAUCCUCGUCUAAAUCACCUCCACCUCCUGGUGGCUCUAAUUCCAUUAUCGGUAGACCUAUCGCCUGUAUUCACUCCAAUUAA